CAGCCGAAUAUUAGAAGAGGGAAACUAGUACAGCCGUUGUCGGGAGUUUUGGAGACUCUGAUUGCUAGCCGCGUGUCUAUUCGGGUUCCAUUCUCUACGGUUCCUGUUGUGCCACAACUACCCAGAACGUCAGGACCUACAACAAAAACGCCGGCUCUCGUAUCACAAGCGACCCUUGGACUGCUCGCGUCGUCAACGUCGUUAUCGCCUCGAGCUGAGCCUGAGGAAGGUUAUAUUAAUGCUGCAUCUUCAACCACGACCCUCCAGCAACAUGUUGUAACUGUAAGUUGUCCUACGGAUGAUCCUAGUUCUGCUUCUGUCCGACACACGGAAACAAGUUUUGGCACGGUAGCGAAAGCGUCCAGUCGCCAAAUUAGAACUUCCCACAACAACAUCAACAAGCGUAGUGAAGCUGAACUUCUACAACAUCGGGUAAAUGAAGAACAGGUGAAAAUUGAAGAGCCUCGUGGUGGAGAUGAAAACAAAAUCAGUAAUAAAGUUACUACGAAGAUUUCUUCUUCUAACCAGGACCAAGUAGAACAAGAUGGUCUUUCCACCAGGAACAAGUCGCAGCUACAAAGUCACGACCAGGGUGGCACUGCUCUAGUAGAGCAGAAGAUGAAAGUCGAACCCGGAAAACUUAAUAGGGAUGACAAUGCUGCAAUAGAAAAAGCCGUGAGAGGACCUACUGCGGUAAACGGAAAGGCAGCAGCGUCCAUAGAGACGACGUGUUCUACUAACGUCGAAGGUUGUAAUCCAGAAGCUGCCUCUCGUCCACUUUCGAACGUCACUACAUCAACACUGGUUACUACUACGACUGAGAAUACUUCUAGCACUAGACGAGUGCCUGAAAGUGCUUUUCCUGAUAGCGGAAUGACGCAAAGCCAAAAGCCAUUUCAGCCAGCUCCCCCCGUUACUACAACAACUCUUUCUGUUGGCGCUACAACUAGUACACCUCGUACCGCUCCUGUUGAGGAGCUUGAGAAGGAAUCAGCGCACACGACAAGUGGUGUUGAUCUGGUUAGCAUCAAGUCCUCCACACGGACACCAAGGAACGACGCAGAAGUAGAAAUCGGAGCUGCGACUUCGAGUGAUACCUGCUUUCCACGACAGAACCGAGCUCAAGACGAAGCAUACGUCGUAAAUGCCAUGAGUUGCAAGAGCACGAGCGGCAGUCGUGCUUUGCUCUCUGACGAAGCGGUAAAUGGUAGUACAACUCAAACACCUUCGAGCCGCACAAAGUUGUCUGCUUCUGCUGGACAUCAAGGGGAUACAUUAGACGAGGAGGUUGAGGACUCUGACCAGGACGAUCUGCAGAGUGUGGACAACUGGGAGAACGAGCCGUCCUCUAGGUCUAUUUCGCCAAUGAGAAACAACACCUACACGAAGCAGGUAGGAGUUCUGCCCGCUCCGGCAAGACAACAUCAUUCGGUGGAGCAACUUCUUGAGGAAGUUGAUGACGCAGUGCUGGGUGGAAUCGUGUCAGGCGGCAGUACUAGGACCACGACUAGAGGACAACUACAAGGAGGAGGACAUCUCCAACUGCAGAUGAAGGAGAACAAGGCCAGCACGACAGGUGGUGUGUUGAAAAUUCCUGCAGCCUCUUCUUCCCUAAAUAGGUUGAGGUUGUUUCCAGCACCUCCGCCACCGCAGUCUACUUUGCUGCGGUCUAUGCCAGAGAUAAACAUGAAAUUUGCGCCUCGCCAAAGGGGCGCGCAAGGUGGAUCCAAGCCUCCUCUGGCAGAACAGGUCCUGCGGACAGCCGUGACAGCUGCCGAGACUGCUGCGCCGGCGAGCAUGCCACUAGCAUCUACUUCGGGUUUGGCUAGUACGGCGAUUCGAAGUGCUGUGUCCUCUACUUUCUCCACUACUGAAG